CUCAGAUCUCUGACCUCAGAUCUCCAUUCAUUUUUCUCUUGCCUCAAUUUCCCCUCCACCCCUCCAUCGCUCACUCUACACUUUCCCACCACAUCCAAUUCUUCUCUUUGCACGACCCUCGACAUUCCUUUCCCUUUCAAUGACUGCUUGACCCUCACAUAAUCCAAAUGCCGCGGCAGCUGGCAGACAGGUGGGCUCGCAAACGCUACUUUGGUUGAUUGGCUUCACUCCGACCUCCGACACACUCAUUAGUUACACCGUCUAAACAACCUUCAAAGUAGCACGUCGCAGUUGCACCUUGUAACCAAAUAUCUCUCCAAGCCUCAAACAACCAUUAAGUCUCCCUCUCGAUCCCUCCCAGACCCAAAUUCCACCUUCCUCAACAUCUUCUCCGCGGGUGGAAAUCAGGUCCGCCUGUUAAGCGGCCAAUAUGCACAUCUCAAAGAAACUCGCUCUCGCUCAUGAGAAGAAAAAACCAACCUAUUCUUUUGAGUUUUUCCCUCCCAAGACCGCCCAGGGCGUACAAAACCUCUAUGACCGAAUGGACCGCAUGCACGACCUCGGUCCUGCCUUCAUCGACAUUACCUGGGGCGCUGGAGGUAGACACUCAACGCUCACGCUGGAAAUGGUCAAUGCCGCUCAGAGCCAGUAUGGCUUGGAGACUUGCAUGCAUCUCACCUGCACCGACAUGGAAAAGUCUCAGAUAGACCAAGCCCUAGAACAUGCAUUCAAAUCUGGCUGCACGAACAUCCUCGCCCUCCGCGGUGAUCCUCCUCGAGACCAGGAGAAGUGGGAGGCAAAAGAGGGCGGCUUUCAAUAUGCUAAGGAUCUUGUCAAGUACAUUCGAUCAAAGUAUGGCGAUCACUUCGACAUUGGUGUCGCUGGAUACGCCGAAGGUUGUGAUGAUCAUCGUGACGUCGACCUCCUGGUCAAACAUUUAAAGGAAAAGGUCGAUGCCGGCGCAACAUUCGUCGUUACCCAAAUGUUCUACGAUGUGGACAUUUUUCUAAACUGGGCUCAAAAAUGCCGUGAUAGUGGCAUCAACGUCCCCAUUAUUCCCGGCAUCAUGCCCAUCUCAACCUAUGCAUCUUUCAAAAGACGAGCUGAUUGGACAAAAUGCAAUGUUCCUCCCGCCUGGUCGGAGGCUUUGGAUCCCGUCAAGAACGACGAUUCAGCCGUACGUGAGGUGGGAAAGGAUCUUGUCGCAGCAAUGUGUCAGAAACUGCUUGACGCCGGAAUUUUGCAUCUUCACUUUUAUACCAUGAACCUGGCUCAAUCGACUCGAAUGAUCUUGGAUGAGCUCUCUCUGACUCCUUCCAUGUCGGGCACUCCGCUGGAGAAGCCGUUGCCUUGGAGGCAAUCCCUCGGCCUCAACCGCCGAGACGAGACUGUCCGCCCCAUCUUUUGGCGAAAUCGGAACACUUCCUAUGUCGCUAGAACAGCUGACUGGGACGAAUUCCCCAACGGACGCUGGGGAGACAGCAGAUCUCCUGCCUUUGGUGAAUUGGAUGCUUACGGUAUUGGCCUGAAGGGCACUAACGAAGCUAACAUCAAGCUAUGGGGAAGACCUAAAUCUCUUCGUGAUGUUACGGUCUUGUUUACCAAGUUCGUCGACGGCAGUCUAGACCGGCUUCCGUGGAGCGAAGGUGCAAUCUCAGCUGAAGCCAACAGCAUCAAAUCCGACCUCCUGAAACUCAACAAGCAUGGUCUGUUGACCAUCAAUUCGCAACCAGCCAUCGAUGGCGUGAGCUCUUCCGAUCCUGUGCAUGGCUGGGGUCCAGCAGGUGGUUGGGUCUACCAGAAAGCCUAUCUGGAGUUGUUGGCAUUCCCUUCAAUUAUUGACAAGGUCAUUGAGCGAUUGGAGGCACAUCCGAACUUGACCUAUUACGCCGUCAAUCAGAAAGGUCGACUGUUGACCAAUACCAAGGAUGAAGGGCCCAACGCAGUCACGUGGGGUAUCUUCCCCAACCGAGAAAUUGUCCAGCCAACAAUUGUCGAGACGGUAUCAUUCCUCGCCUGGAAGGAUGAAGCAUUCAGGCUUGGACAGGACUGGUCCAAGUGUUACGCACCAGGGUCUGGAAGCAGGAAGCUGAUCGAAACCAUCAUGGAUGAAUGUUAUCUAAUCAACAUUGUCAACAACAAUUUCCGAGAGACCCACGAGAUUUUCGAGAUUUUCGAAGGACUCGAACCUCAAGACAUCGACAAGGUCUUUGAGGACGAGGUCGUUGACGUGACGAACAACUCCAAAGAGCUGGUGAACGGCCAAGCUAGCUCUGAUGCCGUCAAAGGCACGCUGUGAAUGGUGAUGGACCGAAAGUAUCGUCUCAACCCAACGGAGUUACGGCUUAACAGUGGUGACAGUAUGGCAUUGAGAUUCUAAGCGGGCCUUUAUAGCAUUUUCAUAUUUCGUGGCCAUGAGGAGGAGCAUGUGAACGGGGUUACUGGGCCGGUUUAUUCUCUGGUGUUUGGCUUCACUUUCCAGGCUUUUGACCUGGGCAAAAGGGAACAGGCGACAGAACAGGAGGAUGCACUCGCGAGAAAAAGGAGGAAAAAGCAUCUCAUUUCAACAUGAUACCCCGCUUCCAAAAAGAGCAAGAUUUUGACGACGCGACGACAUCAACGAACGAGACAUUUAUCAUAAUGGAUGCAUUAUGGGCGAGGCGUUCCAGUGGACAGUUCUACUGGAUGUGGGAAUACUUACUUACUGGAUAAGUAUCCCACCAUCAUUAUGUACGUACCUCGUCUUUGAUCAGGGUGUUAUUUUUUCAACAAUAACGCUACAUGGCCUCUUCAACAUGGUCUGUGGCGGCCCUGUCUAAGGCUUCUAUGUCUUUUCCAUGACCAUGGUAGAAUGGUCUAAAAGAUGAAUGUCAUAUAUUUACU